AUGCAACACACGGCUCGGCUCCGCCCUCAGACAAUCUGGGGAAAGUUUCAGGUGUGCCGGCACUUCCCGCCGCUAGGUGGCACCUGGAAGCUCGCAGGCGCGCGGGGAGGACGCAUGCGCCGUGCUCGUUUUGUGAGGGCGGCCGAGCUGACCCCGCGGUCCGAGAUGUCCGAGCUGCCCGCAGACAGCAGUGUCCCGCCGGCGGGCGCGGCGAAUGACCACGGCGACGUCCCGCAGGCGGAGCCUGUGGAGGCCAGCGACCGUGCGACGGCGGCGGCCAGGGAAGGUCCGAUGGCGGCACCUCGGGAAGGUCCAGUGGCGGCGGCCAGGGAAGCCCGCGUGGCAGCGGUCGCCGGAGUGUUGGCGGAGCCCGCGGAGGGAGAGGGUGCUGAGGCCAGACCCCGGCCCAGGCCCGGCAACGGCCCAGGCGCGGCUGCGGCGCCAUAUCGCCUGCUCCCUCAGCAUUUUGAGGCCAUGAGAGUUUACCAGCAGGGCCUGCGCCGCUACCUGGAGCGCUUCGCGCUUGCUCCUGGUGGAAUUCCGGAGCUGGAAGGACACCGCAGGGGGUUUGUGGGACCCUGGGGAGCAAGGGAGGCGGCGUUUGAUGCGGAAUAUCGGCGGGAUCCUCAGAGGAUGGAUGCUGAUAUGUUAACAUUGAGUAUAACUCUGACUGCGUCUGCAGUUAUCAACCCUCUGAUACGAGAACUUGGUUGUGAUAAGUGUAUCAGUAGAGAAUAG